AUGGAAUUAAAUAAUAAAGCUGAUUGUCACCGAGUGCUGCCGUGUUCUAAUUCAGGUGCCGUCAUUCGCCCUCCGCGGCAGACGCAGCUUCCCGGCGUCCCUGGCGGCGGAAGUGAUCGGCUGUGGCCAGAGGGGGCGGUGCGGUUUGCAGGGUUCCUGCUCCGGGAUCUCCAUGAGCCGGCUAGUGGGGUCUGCAGCUCCACGUCCGGCCCGCACAGUCUCGAGGGCCCGGCGCGUGCGCGCUCCUACUGGCGCUACGUGAGGCGGUUGGUGCGGGGCCCGCCGCAGCCGCCGUACGCGCACGUGUGCCAAGUGGGGGACCCGGUGCUGCGCACCGUGGCCGCCCCUGUGGAGCCAGGACGGCUGGCGGGACCCGAGCUGCAGCGGCUAGUGCAGCGGCUGGUGCAGGUAAUGCGGCGCCGGCACUGCGUGGGGCUGAGCGCGCCGCAGCUUGGGGUGCCGCUGCAGGUACUGGCUCUGGAGCUCCCGAAGGCGCUCCUCCGAGCCUACGCGCCGCGCGUGCGCGAGGCCCGCCAGAUGGAACCCUUCCCCCUGCGUGUGUUCGUGAACCCCAGCCUGCGCGUGCUGGACAGCCACCUGGUAACCUUUCCUGAGGGCUGCGAGAGCUUCUCCGGCUUCCUGGCCUGCGUGCCCCGCUUCCAGGCCGUGCAGAUCUCAGGGCUGGAUCCAAGGGGAGAGCAGGUGGUAUGGCAGGCAAGUGGGUGGGCAGCUCGCAUCAUCCAACAUGAGAUGGACCACUUGCAGGGCUGCCUAUUCAUUGACAAAAUGGACAGCAGGACGUUGACAAACGUCCAUUGGAUGGAGGUGAAUGACUGA